AGUGAUCGUCCCAGCUUAGCCUCACAAGUAUGUCUGAGCAACACGUACAGUCGGUGUUACCUUCUCACACAGCAAAGAGAGCCGCGAGGACCAAUGGAGACUCAUGUACUUCUGAGCCUAACUUUUACUCUUCUCUACGUGCAGCAGCUGCGCGGUGUGGCAGGUGCUUGUUCCGCGGGCAGCGCCACGACCUGCAAUGAGUGCCUGCAGCUGGGACCGCAGUGCGCCUGGUGCGUCCGACAGAACUUCACAGAUUCUUUUUCUGUGAGUGAGAGGUGUGACACAGUGGAGAUCCUAGAGCAAAAGGGAUGUAGCAGGGAGUUCACUGAGUUUCCCAGCACCAGUGUUCUGAUCCACCAGAACAGGCCCUUGGGAAAGAGAGAUGCCAGUGCCAAUGUCACUCAGAUAGCACCACAGAGAAUGUCACUGAAUCUUAGACCAGGCAGUAAGGUCACUUUCCAAAUUCACGUACAGCAAACGGAGGACUAUCCCGUGGAUAUGUACUACCUGAUGGACCUGUCAGCCUCCAUGUUUGAUGAUCUGCAAACAAUCAAAAAUUUGGGGUCCACUCUGUCGAAGGAGAUGGCCAAGCUGACAAGUAAAUUCAGGCUGGGCUUUGGAUCAUUUGUUGAGAAACCAGUCCUCCCCUUUAUUAAAAUCACGCCUGCAGAGUUAGAGAACCCCUGCAGGAGUGUUGGUACGACCUGUCUGCCCACUUUUGGAUACAAGCACGUUCUUUCACUUACCAGCAGUGCAGAGAAGUUCAACGAAAUCAUCAGUAGCCAACAGGUUUCAGGCAACGUCGACAUUCCUGAAUGUGGCUUUGAUGCCAUCAUGCAGGCAGCUGUUUGUGGGGACAAAAUAGGCUGGAGGAAUGAUUCUAUGCGCCUCGUGGUGUUUGUCAGUGAUGCCGACUCACACUUUGGAAUGGACAGUAAAAUGUCAGGAAUUGUUAUUCCUAAUGAUGGAAAGUGUCACCUGGAUAGCAACAAUGAGUAUUCCAAAUCUACCAUCAUGGAGUACCCUACGCUUGGGCAGCUUAUUGACAAGCUGGUAGAAAAUAACAUCCUGCUAAUGUUUGCUGUCACUGCAAACCAGAAAAGUAAUUAUGAGAAUUAUGCAAAUCUCAUCCCUGGGGCCACUGUUGGAGUCCUUGAACAUGACUCAAGGAACAUCCUUGAACUGAUCAUGACUGCAUAUAAAGAGCUGCGGUCAGAAAUUGACCUGGAAGUACAAGGAGACACAGACGGUCUGCAGAUGUACUUCACAGCCAUUUGCCACGAUGGCAGUGUUCUUCCAGGACAGAAGCGCUGCUCCAACGUAAAGGUUGGAGACAUGGUGUCCUUCAAUGUGACUGUGGAGCUGUCGGAGUGCCUGCCACGGCCCAAGCGCUUCUCUGUCAAGCCUUUAGGCUUUCAGGAUGCACUAGAGGUGGAGCUGAUGGCCAUGUGUGAGUGUGACUGCCACCAUCAACGUGAGUCCAACAGCACGCACUGCGGUGGCAGCGGCCAGGGUUCCCUUGAGUGCGGGACAUGUGUGUGCUCUGCUGGAUACAUGGGACCAAACUGUGAGUGCACCGAGGACAGCAUGAACACCGACAACUGUCGUGUCGGCCCUGAGGCGGAAUCCUGUAGUGGCCAGGGAGAGUGCUACUGUGGCCAGUGUGUCUGCCACCCCUCCAACUUUGGGCGCAUCUAUGGGGCCUACUGCGAGUGUGACAACUUCUCCUGUGUCCGCUUUCGCGGGGAGCUUUGUGGGGGCCAUGGUGAUUGUGACUGUGGGCAAUGCGUGUGCCACAAUGGCUGGAUAGGCGAGUACUGCAACUGUAGCAGCAGCACAGAGGCCUGUGUGUCUCCAGAUGGGAUGCUCUGCAGUGGUCGGGGCAGGUGUGUCUGUGGCCAGUGCAUGUGUUCUGCAACUGGAGCCUCAGGCAAGACUUGUGAGAGAUGCCCCACCUGUGGAGACUUCUGCAGCUCCUCCAAGGGCUGCGCCGAGUGCCACCUGCAAGAAGAACACCCUGAGAAGUGUUAUCAUAAGUGCAGUGUCUCUCAUAUCAGCGUCAACCACACCACAGUUUCAGAGGAUGUUGUGGGCCAGGCUGUGGUGUGCUUCCUGCCGACUGAGAAUGGGUGUGCUCUUUCAUUCGCUGUGAUGUCCGGAGAGCAGGGCAACGUCAUCUACAACCUCAAGGUAUCCGACUGCCCUAAACCACCAAACAUAGCGAUGAUUGUGCUGGGAGUUUCCCUGUCAGUCCUUACAAUCGGAAUCAUCUUGCUGGGAAUCUGGAAGCUGCUUGUGUCUGUUCAUGACCGAAAAGAAGUGGCAAAAUUCGAGGCAGAGAGGGCCAAGGCAAAAUGGCAAUCGGGAACAAAUCCACUUUUCAGAAGCUCAACAUCAACGUUUAAAAACGUGACAUACAAAAAUACCGGGAAACAAAAGCUAACAUUAUAACGGAUGGCUACUAACAGUUACUUCAGUGCAGUGUAGCAAAUGUGUUUGAAGACCAGUUGAGUUUAUCUGUUUUGUCUCUUUACAGUUGUUGCGGACUUUCAGGGAUAUUUCAGUUUUAGAGCAGUUCAAAAUGUGUGUAUAUCUGUUUAGUGCCCAAUGUACUACAUUUUGCUGCUGAUAUACUGUACUACUGAUACAGAUGCUUGGUGGAACACUGGAAUAUUCUUAUAUUUUGUUGCUGUUUCUUGU